AUGUCCAUGCUGCCCACGUUCGGCUUCACGCAGGAGCAAGUGGCGUGCGUCUGCGAGGUGCUGCAGCAGGGCGGCAACAUCGAGCGGCUGGGCCGUUUCCUCUGGUCUCUCCCCGCCUGCGAGCACCUCCACAAGAACGAGAGCGUGCUCAAGGCCAAGGCCGUAGUCGCCUUCCACCGGGGUAACUUCCGCGAGCUCUACAAGAUCCUGGAGAGUCACCAAUUCUCGCCUCACAACCACCCCAAGUUGCAGCAGCUCUGGCUCAAGGCGCACUAUAUCGAGGCGGAGAAGCUGCGCGGCCGGCCGCUGGGCGCCGUGGGCAAGUACCGAGUGCGGCGCAAGUUCCCGCUGCCCCGCUCCAUCUGGGACGGCGAGGAGACCAGCUACUGUUUCAAGGAGAAGAGCCGCAGCGUGCUGCGGGAGUGGUACGCGCACAACCCUUACCCGUCCCCACGGGAGAAGCGGGAGCUGGCGGAGGCCACCGGCCUCACCACUACGCAGGUCAGCAACUGGUUCAAGAACCGGAGGCAGCGGGAUCGGGCAGCGGAGGCCAAGGAAAGGUACGAGGAAAACAACGAAAACUCCAACUCCAACAGCCACAAUCCACUUGCCACAACCCUGAACGGCGGCGGCAAGUCUGUGCUGGGCAGUUCGGAAGACGAGAAGACGCCAUCGGGGACCCCGGACCAUUCUUCUUCCAGUCCCGCGUUGCUGCUGAGCCCACCGCCGCCGGGAUUGCCGCCACUCCACAGCUUGGGCCAUCCGCAAGGCCCCAGCGCUAUCCCAGUCCCCAGCGGAGACCCCCUGCAACAUCACCACGGCCUGCAGGACUCCAUCCUCAACCCCAUGUCUGCCAACCUCGUGGACCUGGGCUCUUAG